UGCUAACUUGUCAGUUACCAUGAAGAACGUCAAGAAAUUAGAGCUAGCUAUGGUAGCCCAGGACCCAAGCACCAUUUCAUCUAAAGCUAAUCCCAUUGAAAUAUUAGGGUUCCGACCGACUGAUGAAGAGUCUAAAGAAACUGAAAAUCACAAGUCUGCAGAGAAGCCAAAACCCCCCGAAUAUCCAGCAAUAUCUUUUUGGAAAUUGUUUAAAUACUCUGAUGGAUGUGAAAAGUUUUUUCUCGUCAUUGGCGCUAUUUCCGCGGUUGUUACCGGUUUUUGUCAGCCAGCUAAUAUAUAUAUUUAUGGUGAUCUGAUAGGAUCAAUGGUACAAGCAGCACUUCUCGAGGACUAUACGCAGCUUAUGGAUUCAGUUGUGUUAUUUGCAAUUUUGAAUUCAGUCAUUGGAAUUAUUAUGCUCUCAUUCAGUUACAUAAGCAUAAUGUUAUACAACAUUGCUGGACAGCGUCAGAUAUACAGAAUUCGAAAUAUGUAUUUAGAAUCUGCGCUACAUCAGGACAUUUCAUGGUACGAUUUAACUCCAAGUGGUGAUGUCGCGAGUAGAUUGGCAGAGGAUAUAACUAAGCUAGAAGAAGGAAUUUCUGAAAAGACUGUUAUGUUCAUCCAUAACAUGAGUGCCUUCGUGGGGUGUGUUAUCGUAGCAUUCACCAAGGGAUGGAAACUCGCACUUGUCUGCAUGGUUUCACUCCCUGUCACAGUGCUAGUCAUUGGAGCAGUUGUAUCGAUUACUUCUCGAUUGGCACGCAAGGAAAUUGAAGCAUACGCUAAAGCAGGAUCAAUUGCAGAAGAAGUACUGUCGGCAAUGCGUACUGUUGUUGCAUUUGGGGGCCAGAAACUAGAACUAACAAGAUAUACAGAGAAUUUAAUAUAUGCCUAUAAGAAUAAUACGAAGAGAGGUAUGUUCUCAGGAUUUGGGUUUGGAAUGCUAUGGUUUUUCAUAUACUCCAGCUAUGCGCUAUCGUUCUGGUACGGCGUCGGCCUUAUUAUUGAAGAACGGAACCUCGAUACAAGUGAACAGACAUAUGAUGCUGCUACAAUGAUCACAGUAUUCUUAGCUGUGAUGAUGGGAUCUAUGAACUUUGGAACAGCUUCUCCGUUCAUAGAAGCUUUUGGAAUUGCCAAAGCAGCAGGGGCUAAAGUUUUCGCUGUUAUUGAAAGAAAGUCUUCCAUCGACAGUCUGUCAAAUGAUGGUGUUAAGCCGAAAAACACCAAUGGAGCUAUUGAAUUCAAAAAUGUUGUUUUCAAUUACCCUUCACGGCCAGACAUUGAGGUUUUGGGAGGUUUAAACCUGACAAUCAAUCCAGGAGAAACAGUGGCGUUAGUAGGUGGAUCUGGGUGUGGGAAAUCAACGUGUAUUCAGCUUUUACAAAGGUUCUAUGAUCCACCUGGGGGACAAAUUCUUUUAGACGGGCAGGACUUGAAAGACUUGAAUGUUGAAUGGCUGAGAAGCAACAUCGGAAUUGUUGGUCAGGAGCCCGUGUUGUUUGACACAACCAUCGCUGAGAACAUUCGUUAUGGAAAAAUUAAUGCAACCGAAGAAGAAAUUGUCGCUGCAGCUAAGAAGGCAAAUGCACACGAUUUUAUUACAAAGCUGCAUAAGGGGUAUGACACAUUGGUUGGUGAAAGGGGAGCUCAAAUUUCAGGUGGGCAAAAGCAAAGAAUCGCUAUAGCCCGAGCAUUAGUACGAAACCCAAGGAUCUUGCUCCUCGAUGAAGCAACUUCAGCUCUGGAUACUCGUAGUGAAGCGAAAGUACAAGCGGCACUAGAUAGGGCAAGUGAAGGAAGAACUACCAUUAUUGUAGCUCACAGACUAUCGACAAUAAGAGAUGCAAAUAAAAUCAUUGUACUCGCGAAAGGUAUAGCGGUAGAGCAAGGAAGUCACGACGAUUUAAUGAAAUUGAAACAACACUAUUAUGGUCUAGUUACUUCGCAGAUAUCUGAACUAGAAGAAUCAGGCAGAAAAGAUCAAACACGUAGUGAUGAAAUAGAAGAAGAUGAAGAUAAUGAAAAAGUAAUCAUGAAUAGACAGAAUACUUUGUACGAAGAAGUUACAGAAACUUCGGCGGUCUCUAUGCUCAAUGUUCUAAAGUAUAAUGAACCUGAAAAAUAUUAUAUUAUUCUUGCCUGUUUGACCUCUGCCAUCGUUGGAUGUUCUACACCGUUAUUUGCCAUUCUAUUCGGGGACCUGAUCGGGAUUCUAUCAUAUCCUGACGUUGACCAAGUUAGAAGUGAAACCAACAUGUAUUGCCUCUAUUUUGUGCUGAUUGGGAUCCUAGUUGGGUCAGCUACUUUUAUCCAGAUAUUCGUUUUUGGUAUUGCUGGUGAACGACUUACAAUGAGGAUGCGAGAAUUAGCAUUUGGCACGAUGUUGAAACAAGAGAUGGCUUGGUUUGACGUUCCCAGUAACGGGACUGGUUCUCUAUGUGCUAAACUGUCUGGAGAAGCUGCUGCUAUACAGGGUGCAACUGGACAGCGAAUUGGUACCCUUAUACAAUCUGCCACUACAAUUGUACUGGGCUUGGCACUUGCUAUGUACUAUGAAUGGAGAUUAGGACUUGUCGGAACAGCAUUUAUACCGUUCAUUCUAGUCACUAUUUAUCUCCAAGGCUUAAUAAUGCAUAAGGAAUCUUUCGAUUAUCACAAGAGCUUAGAACAAUCUACCAAGAUAGCAGUUGAAGCAGUGUCUAACAUUCGUACAGUUGCUGGACUUGGAAGAGAAGAAACUUUCCAAAUAGCAUACGCAGAGGCAAUGAGACCUUCUUUUGAACUUGGUAAAAAGAAUACCCAUGUACGUGCCAUAGUAUUUGCUCUUGCCAGAUCCAUUCUUUACUUUGCAUAUGCUGUUGUUAUGUGGUAUGGCGGAACUUUGAUCACCAACGAAGGAUUAAACUAUGCUGUGGUAUUCAAGGUUGCUCAGGCUCUGAUCAUGGGCACAGUGAUGGUCGCUAAUGCCUUAGCGUUUGCGCCAAACUAUCAGAAAGGUUUAAUUGCAGCUGGAAAAAUAUUUGCACUCAUCAACAGAAAACCAGCGAUAGUAGAUCCGACAAAUCCAAACGAAGAAAAAUGGAACAUCACCGGUGAGGUCAAUUACAAUUCCGUCACAUUCGAGUAUCCUACCAGGCCUGGAAUCGUAAUCUUAAAAGCGUUGAAUCUUGAAAUACCAUCGGGAAAAACAAUUGCAUUGAUCGGAUCUAGCGGAUGUGGAAAGAGCACAACCAUUCAGCUACUUGAAAGAUUUUAUGAUCCGAAUAUCGGCAGUGUUGAACUGGACAAUAAAGAUAUCUCAUCUGUAACUCUUGAUUCUCUGAGAUCCCAUCUGGGUAUAGUGUCGCAAGAACCAUCAUUGUUUGCUCGCACAAUAGCCGAAAAUAUUGCCUAUGGCGAUAACUCAAGAAACGUAUUAAUGUCGGACAUAGAGGCUGCUGCUAAAAAAGCGAAUAUACACACGUUUAUCACGUCACUUCCACUUGGAUAUGAUACUAAACUUGGUGAUAAAGGUACCCAAAUUUCCGGAGGUCAAAAACAAAGAAUAGCUAUCGCCAGAGCUUUAGUUAGAAAUCCCAAAGUUCUUUUGCUUGACGAAGCUACAUCUGCUCUUGACAUGGAAAGUGAAAAGAUUGUACAAGCAGCACUGGACGAGGCAAAAGAAGGCAGAACAUGCAUAACUAUCGCACACAGACUCUCUACCAUCCAAGAUGCUGACAAAAUAUGCGUUUUGGAUAGAGGCGUUGUAGCGGAAAGUGGAACGCAUGCAGAGCUUGUUGCUAAAAAGGGGCUUUAUUACAAACUACGCACUCUACAAUCCUAAAAGUGCUAGGACCAACUUCGAUAUAACAUUGGUCAAACCAAACAAUACCAGUAUUUAAACCAAGCGCGUAAAAAUAUUGUUUACUAGUUGAAUAGCCACAACUUCUUGUCACAACGGUCUCAAGUUUAGUGCCCAGUAUAUUAUGUAAUUUUCUAGCUUAUAUAUAAUUAGUUACUCCCUAAAAGUGUAACAAUGUUUAGUAUUUUAGUAAUCACUUUCAACCUCGUCAAUUGUAUUUUAUUUAAAAUCUUCAUUAGAUGCUGUACAAUCCGCGACUAAAGCAAUGCAAAGCA